CUCUGAUUAUGUGUGUGAGGACUGGAAAAAAGGCCGCAAAGAAGUGUUCCAUUCAUGUAGAUCAAUAGAGCAUUUAUUACAACGUAGCUAUAGCUGGAAUGCUGCUUUGAAGAAUGACAGAUGAACGUGUAAUUUAGUGACUAAGACUCAGACUGCACCGCAAAAUCCUAUCUUUUUUAUACAAGAUACAUCCUGGAUCUAAAAUGUGUGAUUGUAAGACUUUGCAACUUUUUAUCUUGAAUGCCGAUUGCCCGUGUGCCAAAGUGUGGAGGGAGUGGAUUUGUUAUCAGGAUAUGGUGGUCAAAGUGCAUGCUGUAUGAUGAGCACUACUUCAUUUGCGUCGGUUCAAAAAGACGACAGAAGCCGCCGUCAGGAGUGACGUGUAUCAUCCUGAUGGUGGGUCUAUUGUUUACAUCUCUGUGGCUGUUUCCCACCCUGUGCUUCAUUUGGCUUGUGAUCGACUGGAAGACCCCUGAGAGAGGCAGCAGAAGAAAACCAUCUAUGAAGAAGUGGAAGGUUUGGGAACACCUCCGAGACUAUUUUCCAAUCAAGUUGGUGAAGACAGCUGAACUGAGCCCAAACAAAAACUACAUUUUGGGCUGUCACCCACACGGUAUAAUGAGUAUUGGAGCCUUCGGCUGCUUCACCACAGGCUGCUGCGGCUUUGCGGAGGCUUUUCCCGGAAUGCGGGCCACUUUGGCCAUAUUGGCUGGGCUCUUUCGGAUCCCGCUUUUUAGGGAGUACAUCAUGGGUGCAGGCCUGGUUCCAGUCAGCAAGCCAAGCCUUGCCCACCUUCUGUCCAAGAGCGGCACAGGAAACGCAGUGGUAAUUGUGAUAGGGGGCGCUGCAGAGUCCUUGGCCUCCCAUCCUGGAGAACAUACUGUGCUAGUGAAGCAGAGAAAAGGCUUUGUUAGGGUGGCGCUUGAGUUUGGGGCUGAUUUGGUACCCGUUUACUCCUUUGGAGAAACUGAGCUCUUCCAGCAAAUCACCUUCUCUGAGGGUACACUGGGUCGAACAUUACAGGACCUGUUUAAAAAGAUCACGGGAUUUGCACCCUGCCUGUUUAUUGGCGAGCGCUGGGUACUGCUGCCCUCCAGAACUCCCAUCAUCACAGUGGUGGGAAGUCCUAUCUCUGUACCCCAACGGCUCACACCCACACAGGAGGAGGUGGACCACUAUCAUCAACUGUACAUGGACGGCCUGUCAAAGUUAUUCCAUGAACACAAAGUCAGCUGUGGCCUUUCAGAGACUCACAGGCUGUGUUUUAUUUAGGUUUUACUUCCUUGUGACAUCUUUGUUAUUUGGGGCCUCAAUGGACAAUAACGGGUCAUCAUGCGAGUGUGAGCUAGACCUCCUUGAAGUGCCUCAGAGAAAUGUGUAGAUUUAACGAUGACUACAUUAGGUGGGUAACUUUAUUACUCAGGGGAUUUAUGCAAGUGUUUGUCAACAUACUGGAUUUGUCAGCCAUAAUGAUUAGAUUGCUAAUAAUAAACUUGAUGCUCAGAAUGUAUUUCAGUGUUUAAAAGAAAUGUUUGCUUGUAGCCUAUUUUUACAAAAAUGUUUAAUGGCUAGAAGAACCAAGUUUAUGUAAUUCAAUGCUUUACCCAGUAGAGGGCAACCUGUCUUCACAUUCACAUCCUUUCAUUGCUGGUGCAUUAUAGCAGUGGUCCCCAACAACCGGUCCGCAAACCGAUUGGUACCGGGCCGCACAAGAAUUUAAAACUUUUUUUUUUUUUUCUUUUUUUAAUGAAAUCAACAUAAAUAACACAAUAUAUACAUUCUAUAUCAAUAUAGAUCAAUACAGCCUGCAGGGAUACAGUCCGUAAGCACACAUGAUUGUAUUUAUUUAUGUAAAAAAAAUUUUUUUUAAAAAUUAUUAUUUUUUUAAAAUACACCCCCACCGGUCCGUGGGACAAAUUUUCAAGCGU